UUCUUAUCCGAGUGUAAUUUUAGGGUGGUCUACCUUUUGUUAUCUCCAGGCCCACCUAACUUUAAGACAUAAUUUGGAUCUCAAUUUACAGCAAGAUCAUUUUUUCUGAAGAACAGAGACACGUUUGGAAAAAUAAAUGGAUGCCCCAGUGUCAGGCGCAUGCACCGGGGUGGCUGUCCUGGAGGCGAGCACCUGAACUAGAGCGGCCAAUAGCAGCACGCAACUUUCGGCUCUCAGGUGGCGGUUUGUGGAGAAGAACGGAAAAGUGCAGAUCAUAAACGACUUCCAAGUUUGCUGCUCAUUGAUGUGUAGGCGCAUGCGUGGGCACGGGUGUUUUGCUGAGUGUGUGCGCAGCAACACGCUGCCCAUCCGCCUCCUCCAGGAUCUUGGAAGUGGUAAUGCUGAGCUGGUCUCCAGAGAUCCCAUCAGCAGCCAGCCAGGGAGGAGCACUACCAUCCUGUUCCUCUGGGACGAAGGAGGGGGUGGGCUGCUGAUGAAUGGAUGGUUCAGCCUCAUUAUGAUGCAGAGGGAUGAGGGGAGGAAAGAGUGGAUGGCGCUAGCCCGGGAGCCAGGGGUCGGCCAGGAGCAGAGGGACGCGGCCGACCAGAACUUUGACUACAUGUUCAAGGUGCUGAUCAUCGGCAACAGCAGCGUGGGAAAGACCUCCUUCCUGUUUCGCUAUGCAGACGACUCCUUCACUUCAGCAUUUGUGAGCACAGUGGGCAUCGACUUUAAAGUCAAGACGAUCUACAGGAACGACAAGAGGGUCAAGCUCCAGAUCUGGGACACGGCGGGGCAGGAGCGCUACAGGACCAUCACUACAGCGUACUACAGGGGAGCCAUGGGAUUCCUGCUCAUGUAUGAUAUCACGAGCCAGGAGUCCUUCUGUGCGGUUCAGGACUGGGCAACCCAGAUCAAGACGUACUCCUGGGACAGCGCUCAGGUCGUGCUAGUGGGCAACAAGCUGGACUUGGAAGACGAUAGACAAGUCCCAAAAGCAGAUGCCCAAAGAGUAGCUACAGAGCUUGGUUUUCAGUUCUUCGAAGCCAGUGCCAAAGACAACAUCAACGUGAAGCAGGUCUUCGACAAGCUGGUGGACCUUAUCUGUGAGAAGAUGAAUGAGAGUGUCAACGGUUACACCAGCCAGCCAGUCAAUCAGAAGGGGGACACCUUGAAGGAUAAGCCUGACACGAGUCAGGGAGGCUGUGCUUGCUGAUAGCCGAUCGGUGCCAAAAGGAGCAGUUCUCUCGACCAGUUUCACUUCACACACAUAAUUAGAUGAACUUCAUUGGAUUUUUCUCCUCAUCCUUGAGGUGGUUUGAGAGAUCCCUCAUAAUCUCCUCGGACUGUUAUCCAAUAAAGCCAAAGACCUUCCUCCUUGCCUUUGUUCAUAACAUCCCUGCUUUAACAGUUUCCUGUAGGUGACAGUCCCUUUUGCAGUUGAGGAAGUGAACCAGAUCAGCAUGGAUUUACUUGUGUUGUGUUGCCCUCCUGUGGCCAUUUUGUGUAAAUGCAUCACUAAAAAGGCCUAAGUUUGAAGAUUCCUGAAGGUUGAGAUCAAACUCGUGUAUGGAUGUCAUUAUAACAGGUGUGCUUAUUGUGCAAAAAGCAUGUAACUCUUUACUUUGAAAAGAUGCCAUUAUCUGCCUAUAUUUAACUUAUUUUUGUCAUGUGCGUUCAAUGAUUGUCACUGUACUGUUUCAUUUGUCAGAUUUCUAGCCUCUUAAAGUUGACAAUAAAAAAAGCUGAAUCUGUGAA